AUGGACCACACUGAAGGAAACCACACUGAAGUUACAGAAUUUGUUUUCCUGGGAAUUGUGGAAGAUCCACAGAUCCAAGUUGUCCUCUUUGUAGUGUUCCUCACCAUCUAUCUGAUCAACCUUGUAGGCAACAUGGGCAUGAUCUUCCUGAUAGUACUCAGUCCUCAUCUGCAUAGUCCCAUGUACAUUUUUCUCAGCCAGUUGUCAUUCCUAGACCUCUGUUACUCGUCGGCCAUUGGACCCAAGAUGCUUGUUGACUUCCUGACUGAAAGAAAGGUCAUUUCCUUUGCUGGCUGUGUUGCACAAUUAUUUGUUUUUGGUGCCUUUGUGGACACUGAAUGUUUUCUGUUAGCAGCUAUGGCUUAUGACCGUUAUGUCGCCAUCUGCAGUCCACUACAAUAUUCCAUCAUCAUGUCCAGAAAAGUCUAUAUCUGCCUCAUUCUAGGUUCAUACGCUGCUGGGGUUGGGAAUACAGUAGUACAGACGAUAUCUCUCUUCACUUUAGAUUACUGCAGCUCCAAUGUUAUCAAUCAUUUCUUCUGUGAUAUGCCCCCUCUCUUUGCCCUCUCCUGUUCAGACACCCAUAUCAAUGAGAUGUUGCUAUUUGCUUGUGCCAGUUUCCUUGAGUUCAGUUCUCUCACUGUCAUCCUAGUCUCAUACAUCUUCAUUCUCUCCACCAUCCUAAAGAUAAACUCUGCUAAUGGUAGGCACAAACCCUUCUCUACAUGCGCCUCCCACUUGACCGGAGUCACCCUCUUCUAUGGGACAAUUAUAUUCAUGUACUUGCGUCCUUCAUCUGCAUAUGCACUGGGUGAAGACAAGUGGGCCUCUGUCUUCUACACAUUGAUAAUACCAAUGAUGAAUCCUCUGAUCUACAGUGUAAGGAACAAGGAGGUAAAAGAGGCUUUCAAAAAGAUAAUGAAGUCAAAAAUAGUUUUCUGA